UUCAGUUGGCUGCGGGAGCUCGCCUGAUUCACGUCGCGUAUUCGGCGCAAAUAACUGUAAAGCUAUUAUUAUUCGCCAAUAUUGGCGCGCCUUCGCGUACGAGUUCCAGAAUUUCAUAUUUGGCUACAGUAUAUUCGGAACAACUAGAAGUUGUAAAUAGCUUCGAAGUGAAACUAAAGCUCUGGAGCUUGAAAACUUAACUAAACUAAGUAGCUGCAUACAUAGCUUGAGAUAAAAGAAACUUUCCUCGUUUCUAUCGUUAAGGAACUUAAAACGUACUGUAACAUGCUGAAGAAUCAAUAAUAGCAACAAUAAUGUAUAUACAAAUCUGCGUGCCAAAGACAAGGACACUUUGAACAAAUACCGGUUGCUCUUCACGCCCACUAAAUAAGACAAUAAAAACCCAACGUAUUUACCUUUGAAAUUAACAGUCGACCAACAGUUCUGUUAAACAAACCAUUGCUGUUAAACUAACACCACGAGCAUGUCGCAACAGUGGCCCUCAAACUGUGCUAGGCUACUAGCUUACCUGGUGGCGACUACGCUCUUUGCCACUCACUUGGCCAACGCGUCCAGCCAGAUCGAUGUGGAUGCGGAUCUGAAGCACAUGCUGGGUCGUUGUCACAGGGUGGACGAGGAUUUCAACGAGUGCAUGCGGCAGGUGUUCAACGACCUGAGGGCCUACUUCACAACAGGUGUGCCCGACUACAACAUCAAGCCCUUUGACCCCCACCACUGUGGCUAUGUUGAACUGCGGCGGGGUGCUUCACAGGGUCUGGGCAGCUUUCGUCUGAUAUUGCGCAAUGUAUCCGAGUACGGAUGGGCGCGAUCCGAGGUGACCAAGUUCCAUGCCGAUCCAGAGGACCACCGCAUCGUCUACACACAGUAUUUCCCCGACAAAAGCUUGGAGGGGGAGUACGAGUUCGCCGCCAAGAUGCUGGGCACUGAGAUGAACAGAAGAGGCCACUGGAACUUAACCCUCUAUGAUUACAGUCAAACCACCAGCGUUCGACGCAUCGGAGGUCCGGGUUCGCUCAUCAAAGUCCACGUGGAGGUGGACCGCAUCGGCGGAAUGGAGCUGCACAUUGAGAACUUGCUGCAGGGACAGCCCCUCAACCAACUAGCCGAUGGGGUCAUCAACAGCAUGUGGCAGCUGGGAUUGCCGUUCAUCAAGCCGAUGAUUAACGAGCUGGUCAGCACGGCAUUUACGGAUAUAUUCAACGAGUCCUUCCGGCACUUUCCCCUCGAGAAGUUCCUCGCCGCGUGA